CAUGACUUUAAUGUUACUUCUGUGUGUCAGCAUGAAAGGAGCCAGAGAUGAUACGAAAACAUAAACUGCCCUGCAUUAUGAACCUUCAAGUUCUGGAUUAGUCUAAAGUCCUGCAGUGUCGCAACUGCUUCUCAUAGCUGUAGCUCUAGCAGACAGGAAGUCCCAUGUAUAUAUUUAUGGGAAACUCCAGCCUCGUUCAUUCCAUUGUACCAGAACCACAAGAAAAGAGAGGGUAUUGUGACAAGUACCGAUGUGCCUUUUUACCAGCUAGAGAUUGCUAUGGCACCACCGCAGCUUGGUAAGUAACUCCUGGAUCAUUUUCAUAGAACAAGGCUUAGUUGUGGAGCGGUAGCCUGUUAGACAAAAGUCCUCUUUAAUAAAGAACAGUGAUGUUGCAGACUUACUGUAACAGGUGCAUAUCUAUUCGUACAUUAACUCCCAAUCCAGGUCAAUGUCUACAGAAAGUUUUACAAGAUUUAUUUGUAUUAACAGAGGCACGUGCCUCUGUCAAAUAAUAUCCAAACCACAUUUGCAUGCAAAUAGAUAAGAGUAUCUGUCCAUUGACUUGAUGCAGGAUAGAAAUAAAUUGUAUGUAAGUAAGGUUUUGCUCACCCAGUGAUCUGUUUUGUGCUGAAAAGUUGAAAACCUGAAAACAUUUGGCAGAAAAGUAAAGAUUUUCUUGGUAAAACAGGUAAAACCUGUGGCAUAUUGUGGUUGACCUAGGUCGUUUAUGUCAAAACGUCUCUCAACAAAGAUUUACAGUCCUUUAGACGUCGAGAUACCGGCUUUGCUCAUUUAGCAGUAAGUUCUAUUCCCAUAACCAUUCACUUCUGAGAUACGUCUGAAUGGCAGACAAAUCAGGCGACUUCUGGAAAGCUAACAACGUGAGUUCAAGAAUAGGGCGUGGUAGCCAAACUAGUUCUGCCAGAUAUUUUUUGCUCUUGUAAAGAUACUAUUUGUAAACAAACAUGAUUUCCUCAACUGAUCACAAGUUCAUUUGAAUGAGAGGGAGAGAGAGAGACAGAGAGAGAGAGAGAGAGAGCGAGAGAGAGAGAGGGAGAGACCUGCAGGUGUGUGCAUGCUUCAGUGUAUCUAUUCUGACUCUCCCCCCCUCUCUUUCUCUCUCACUCUCUCAGAACUCGGAACAGCAGUGGGUGUGGUUCUGAGGGCAGUUGUUGGUGGGUAUGCACUAGGCCUUGCAACAGAGACAGCCACAGAAGUGGAGAAGAUUGCACUGACAACAGAGGGCCCCCUGGUGGUCACGGCAGUGAGAGUAGCAGGAGUGGUGGGGCCAUACGGUGCGGGGGCAAUGCUGUGUUGCACAGGGCUGGCACUGGUCUUCCUCUCUGCUGCCACUGGACUAGCACUGGGCGCUAGAGUCACAGUGUUGACGGCCAAGGCUGGAUGGAACCCUCACGUCGCGCUGGUCUUGGUCGGGGUGGUGACAGCUCUGGGGGCCGUAGCUGGAGGGGCAGGCCUUGGAGCAGCAGUGGGAGUAGUCACAGGGGAGGUGCUCAGCAAAAUUCUGUGCCUGGUGCUCUUUGCCACUGAAAUAGCCAUCCUCAUUGCACUGACAGUGAAGUGGGAGGCAAAGAAUAGGCUGAAACAAAUGAAGAUGUUUCUGGCAAAAGUCUUCAUCACCAUGUUUAUGGGAGUGGUACUGGGACUCGUGUCAGCGGAUCUGUUAACAGAAGAGCGAGGAGACGUUCUGGCACCAGUCCUGGGGUUGGUUGUAGUCGGAGUGAUCCUAGUCCCGGUCGCAAUUCGACUGGGAACUGUCACUGAGCGGGCUUUGGGGGAAAUCCCAGGUCACAGGCAACAUGCUGGCACAUUUCUAGGCAGGCUGUUUGGCAAAAUUGUGGCCCUCUCCGGAUACCUGCUCGGGGCAGGAGCAGGCAAGGGCUGGCAAACAGCAGGAGUGCAGCCCCUCAUGGUGACCCUCCUGCAUUCCCUGGCGCCAGUCGCACUGCAUUUGGCGGGAGUUGUGGGAGCCGCUCUGGGAACGGUGACGUUGGGGCUGGCAGAGGGAGCCAAGGCCGAGGGCGUGUCGGUUUGGGUGUGCUCAGCCGUGUGGGUGCUGCUGAAGGCCCUACAGGCAGUAGCAGGUCAGUGGUCCACAGGCAUCAUGGCUGGUGCCUUGCUGGGAGCCUCCGGAGCGGCAGGACUGUCCCUUGGUGCAGUGGGUGUCGCAACGGGAGCGCAGUUCGGAUCCAAAGGCAUGGCGCUGGCAGUACUGGGGGCAGCAGGUGGCGCUGUGCUAGGGUCACCACAUAAAACAAUGAGGACAGUGGGAGUGACAGUGGCGGCAGCAUCCGCACCUCGACUCGCAGGAACAAAGGAAGUGGUCAUGAUCUACUGUGAAGCAGCGGGCAAGGCGAGGUCCGUUGUGGGGACACAAGAUGGUGCCGUCAUCGGGUCGGUGGCACUGGGGUCUGCCGCACUGGGGUCAGCCAUUCUGGGAGGUAUCGGGCUCUGGACAACUACGUUCGGGACAGCAGAGCAAUUCACAGUUCUGGUGGUUUCCGGAGUCAUUCUCAUAAUGGACCUCUGAGGACCUCCUCUUUGAUCUUAUGUUCUCCUUUGUCCAGACUUUUCAGCGCACCUGAAGUUUCUCCUCCUGAUUUACACCUCAUUUUAUUUUACAGGACUGUUUUACUCUGAACUGCUGUUCAGUGUACAGUACCAUAGAUCUAUGAAGUAGAACACAGACCUUUGAUUACAGUUUGGUUGUAAUUACUGCUAAUUUAUUUACUUAUUAAUUUUAUGAUCUUUCUUCAUUUGUGUGGUUUGUCUGAGGCACAAUUAAUUUUUUUCUUGUUUGCUUCUCUUUCUGAGAUGGGGGUGGCUGGUACAAAAUAAAAA